AACAUCAUUUUUGAUGAGUUUAUGUUAGUUUUACAUUCUUGUUAGCUUCACUGCAAGACGCAAUGUCAGAGGAACCAGUGAAUAUCAUAAGGGAAAGCACAAGGAAUCUGUUACAAUUAAACCGGCGAAUACAUAAAGAUGAAGAAUCUAAUUCGCGUCGUGCUAUACAAGAAAUAAGGAUCACUAAAGAAACCAUAUUAAAUAUUGCCAACAAACUGAAGACUAAGUCAUGCAUUCCAAUCUCAGACCUUCAAACACUGAAAAAUGGCAUAAUGGAAGAUAGUAAUUACGUUGAAAUAUUUCUAAGUGUACACGGUGCUUUGAGAGGACUCAUCAGGGAAUUAACAGGUCACAAUGUGAAAAAGCAAUGUGCAGCUGCUGGAUGCUGCUGUAACUUAGCCUUAGGUGACUCUCGGGCAUGUUUGACAAUUGCCAAAGCAGCCGGGUCCUAUCUAAGUACUGCUUUGGACAACCUCACUACAGAAUUAGCUGUGUCAUGUGCGUGGACACUCGGCAACUUAGCUGGUGCUGAUCCAAGAAUAUGCAACAUUCUCACAUCCCAGGGAGCUCUCGCCAAGCUGAGUGAAAUCUACACCAAUGAAGAUAUCCAAGAUGCUGCAUUAUAUGCCUUAGUGCAUUUUACCUUCCAGAUGAGAGAUGAUCUAAAAGCUGAUCAACUAAUUAAAAUUCUUCAAAAUCUAACCAAGCUCGACAUCAGCAUGAUGUCUGCGCAACUUCUCUUCAUAACAUCCUGUCACGAACAUUUCUCUGUAAAUGUCACUGAAGAACUAUUACAGAAGAUUCUAGAACACAUACCAAUAGCAUUCGAACACCAUACACAAAAAUGUUCACAGAUAAAAAAAUGCUGUAAAUUAGUAUACUUGAUACGCACUUUAGCUAACAUGGAUACAAUGUACAGUGUUAUUUUAAACUAUUUUAGUUUAAAUAAUAUGAGUGAUAUGUUUAAAAGUUUGUUAAACUCAAAUAAAUGUGUUAGUGAGUCAUGUCUAUGGUUGUUAGGUAACUUGUUCAAUUUCUGUGAUGAUAAACAAUUCUUUAAUAUGUUAACUAGUUGAUGGUUCCUACAUAUAAUAAAAUUGU